GGUGUUUCCAUAACGACGUGGUCAAGCUGAGGGAUACUCAAAAUGGCGGAUGCUGAUCCAACGGCAGAUGGAGGGGAAAAGGCUGGAGAGGAAGAGGCCAAGAGCACCCGUAGUGGCCCAAAAAGUCAAGGAGGAUCCAAGCCUGCUUCUAGAGCUGGCUCUGCACAGUCAGGGAAAAGUGGCAAAAGUGGAGCCGGAAGCAAAAAGGGCGCCGUCCCACCAUCCCCAUCGGGUUCUGCAAAGGACAAUCCAGCAGCUGAUUGGAGAAACAUGAGGCGCAUUAUUGCAGAAGAUUCUGAAUGGUCGCUGGCUACAGUGCCACUACUGGUUGAGCUCUGCGUGAAACACAUUGUCACAAAUUUUGAAAAUAAUGCAAAAAUAUUAGAUGAUUUAUUGCCAAAACACAAGUUAAGAGUGCUUGAGAGAAUAUCAACAGACCUGCCCUUGAAAAUAACAGCAAAUCUGGUUGACGAUGAAGGAUACUGGAAAAGGUGUUGUAAAGCCCGCUGGGAAAUAUGUGAUGUGGCUGCUUAUGGCAACAACUGGAAAAGGAUGUACUUUGAACGGAACCUGCAGUCCAUUGUUGAAAAUUUCAUCCCUGAAACAACAGACAUAUCAGAACUGAAUGAUACCCUUCCCCUAUCUGCAAAUUAUGUUAAAAAAAUUGAUAUCCGCCAGUUACUUCCACCUGUCAGGGAAGCUCCAAAAGGACCUGACUUUGAUGAUUCCUCGGAUGCCGGGAGUGAUACAGGAGACGAACCGGAGUGUGACCACUUUAACUUUGGUCCUGUUCUCAAACUUCUCCCAAACAUUGAGGAACUUCAUCUGACGUAUGGGGUGAAAGACUGUGGAAUGAACUUUGAAUGGAAUCUGUUUAACUUCACAGCGAGAGACUGUUUACAGCUAGCACAGUGUGUUGCUGCCUGCAAGGGACUCAAAGUGUUUAGACUUCACCGGAGUAAAGUGGAUGAUGACAAAGUUCGUGUUCUCAUAAGUCACAUUCUGGACCACCCUGGACUAACUGAGCUGGACUUAUCACACAAUCUGAUUGGUGAUCGUGGUGCCCGAGCUGUUGGCAAGUUUCUGAACAAUCACAGCCAACUGGUAAAGCUGAACCUUUGUGAUAAUGACAUUCGACCCGCUGGAGCACAGGCAAUUGCUCACGCUCUUACCAAGAACACUACCCUAGACAUGUUGAACCUGCGACUGAACCGCCUCGGAGAUGAGGGAGGCCAGGCCAUCUGUCGCGCCUUGUUACGUAACAGUACACUGGCAACUAUCAAUCUUGGAAGCAAUGAUAUGGCUGAACCUACCGCAGCCAUCCUAUCACAGGUCGUCAUACAGAACACAACACUCAGGUCUAUAGAUCUCACCUGCAACAAACUCGCUCAGGAUGGUGGUAAACAGAUACAGGAAGGUAUGGAGGACAACACCACGAUAACUCACAUGGACUUGACUCUGACGGACAGCGGCCAGGAGGCAGAGUACUGCAUCAAACAGAUUCUCCAUCGCAACCAGGAACGUGAACGCGAAUCGAAAAUCGUCGACCAGGCUCCACCAUCGAAGAAAAUACAACCACAGGCUGCCCAUAGGUUUAAGCCAAUCGUGCAGAAAGCCUAGAUUAUAAACAUGAUAGUGACACUGAAGCCUGAACUGGUGAUAGGUUUUAUGAAGACAAUGAUGUGUGGCACUGAUAAAGAUUGAAACUUGCUGAUCAACUUACAAAUGCAGCUUCCUUGUCAGAAACAUGCAAUUAUAUACCACACUUUUGUACUACAAAAUGAUAGGGGUAAAAUGCAUUUUUGAGUACACGUGUGGCGUUAGUAGUAAGUUGUUGAUGUGUAAUUUGAGAAAAGGUACAUUCCACACUGUUCAUGAGGAUGAGGUUGGGUGGGGAAUUUGGGGAUGUUAAGAAGGGGAAUAUAAGUACCUUUUUAUGUAAAGAGGAACAACGUUAUUGGCCUGUUGUAGUGUAAACAAUAGAUGGAUAAAAAGUAGUGCAAAAUUAUUAUUGAAGUUAACAAUAUUGCUUAAAGGGUUAUGUAUACAGCUCAUGAAAAAUAAUGGGAAAAGCCUUGUUAUAAUUCAACAAAGCACCCUUUUGAUAUUAAUGAUGUGAAGAAAAAUAUAUUGUAUUGUCACUCCUUUUAUAUAUUCUUAUGUGAAUUUCUUCGUUAGAAACAUUUACCAAAUAUAUGACUUGAAUGCAGUACAAUUGUGCUAAUUUAUUUACAACUCUAGAGUGUGUUAUAACUGCUAGUGUAUAUAUGUGUAUAUAUAUAUACAUGUGUCAUGCACAACAUUCAUUCUCUAGGGGUAUCUUAUUAUGUACCUUGAUGAUGGAACUAUUUUGUUAAUAAAAUUCAUAACUUCAUCAGAAA